GGCAAAGUGACAGUGCAUAUUUGUUUUUGAUUCAGCAGUAAGGCAGUAAUAUAAGACUGGACACGUUGGACUGGUUUUUAAAUCUGAUGAUGAAGCUGACACUGUUGCUGCUGUUGGCCCUCCCGACUCUGUACACUGAAUCAGUCCGGUUCCUGGACCCAAGUCUGGAGGAAAAGGUUCCUAAUAUCACUGCUAAGGGAACGACAAAUCAAGCUCUUCCAACUCCUGUGGAGGUUAAGAACAAGUUGGACCAGUAUUCAUUGUUGAACAUCGAUCAAACCAACCUGGAAUGGCAGAUCUUUAACCACUCUCUCCCCACGAGUGCAAUUUCAAUCUUCAAUGGAUAUGUUGGACGCAAAGACUACGUUUGCCAAUUCAUGUGCAACGCCGGCUUCCACAACCCUGACAUAGAUCCUUACUGCCACUACUCCUUUAAAGGGAAAGAGUAUACUAGCUUUUUAUGGCCAUUUGAGAUCCUGGUGAACAAAGACAACUUUGAGUUCAUGGAAUGGAAGGAUGGCUCCUACGGUUCAGUGCCUCAGAAUUCCAUCAAGACCUGCUCCAAUGAAGUAUAUGUUGGGAAGAACGAGUAUGGUCUUGGAAAGGUGGAUGUUAAAGAUCAGUCCUUCUACCUUCCUUGGGAAGGUUCUGAGUAUUGGUACAGGUACUACCAGGUCCUGACCUUUAGCAAAGAAAUAUACAGUGAGAACUUGUCUGAUGUCAAGUAUAAUACCGAUGGGGUUAAACCCAUUGCGUAUCCUCCAGAGACCAUACGCAAGUCUGCCAUCAGCAACUACCAGUGCGAUACAGUGACUGGGACAGCUACCCUCUCAAAGACAAUCCAAGUGGAGCAGAGGUGGGACACCAGCUUUUCUAUCACAGCGGGCGUCCAGGCCAGCAUCACUGCUGGAAUCCCCAUAAUUAGCUCCAUAGGUAUUGGGUUUAGCGCAGAGACAACCCUCCAGUUCACAAAGGGAACAACUUAUAUUGACUCAACCACCCACACUGUUUCUGUUGAGUGCAAAGUACCACCAAACCACUCCUGUAAUGUCAGUAUGGUGGGAUAUAAGUACGGGGCAGAGAUCCCUUACACUGCUCGCCUCAGCCGAACCUACAGCAUCAUGGAGACCACAUGGACCUCCAUCUCUGGGACCUACAGAGGCGUCCAAAUGGCAGAAAUCCAGGCCGUGGUGGAUCCCUGUGAACCUGUACCUGAUCCCACGCCCUGUCCCUAAAAGAAUGAUGGAGUUGGCUCAAUGAGAUUGAAUACCUGACAAGUUUUAUGUUGGAUACACAUAAUGUAAUGAUAAGCAAAAAAGUAAGCCUCCUUUUAUGUAUUAUAUGCCUUGAUAUAUUUCACAAGACAAUAAAACUACUUUGCUUUUAACUAUUUCU